AGACGCUACAUUGACGAUAUUUUUAAUGAUUUUCGAGAUGGAAGAAGACUUCUGGAGCUCCUGGAAUGCCUUACAGGCCAAAAACUUGCAAAAGAAAAGGGCUCCACAAGAGUUCAUGCUCUGAACAAUGUCAACAAAGCACUGCAGGUUUUGCAGAGAAAUAAUGUCGAUUUGGUAAAUAUUGGGAGCUCAGACAUUGUGGAUGGAAAUCAUAAGCUGACCCUUGGUUUGAUCUGGAAUAUAAUCCUCCACUGGCAGGUCAAAGAUGUAAUGAAAAACAUCAUGGCUGGACUGCAGCAGACAAACAGUGAAAAGAUUCUGCUGAGCUGGGUCCGCCAAUCGACUCGUAAUUACCCACAGGUCAAUGUUAUCAAUUUCACCAGUAGCUGGUCUGAUGGAUUGGCUUUCAACGCACUCCUUCACAGUCACAGACCAGAUCUAUUUGAUUGGAAUGCUGUUGCUUCUCAGCAGUCAUCUGUACAACGAUUGGACCAUGCAUUCAACAUAGCCAGGCAACACCUGGGCAUAGAGAAACUCCUUGAUCCUGAAGACAUUGCAACUGCCUGUCCAGAUAAGAAGUCCAUCUUAAUGUACGUGACUUCCCUCUUCCAAGUUCUGCCCCAGCAAGUCACCAUGGAAGCCAUCAGGGAGGUGGAGAUGUUGCCACGACACUCAAGGGUCACUAGAGAAGAGCACAUACAAGUACAUCAUCAAGAGCAUUUUUCACAAGAAAUCACAGUCAGGGUACCCCAGGGACCUUCACCUUCUCCUAAACCACGAUUCAAAAGUUACGCAUAUACACAAGCUGUGUAUGUUACAUCCCCUGACCAAAAAAGGAGGCAGGUUCCUCCACAGUUUGUAGAAACUGUUGAAGAAAAGACAUUUACCACCAUGCGGCUGGGAUCUGAAAUGGAACUUGAAAACUACCAAACUGCUUUAGAAGAAGUACUCACAUGGCUUCUCUCUGCUGAAGAUGCGUUAAAAGCACAAGGAGAUAUAUCCAAUGAUGUAGAAGUUGUUAAAGAACAAUUUCACACCCAUGAGGGUUUUAUGAUGGAAUUAACAGCUCACCAAGGACGUGUUGGCAAUGUUUUGCAAGUUGGAAGUCAACUUCUAACAAUUGGAAAACUUUCAGAUGAUGAAGAGAAUGAAAUCCAAGAGCAAAUGAAUCUACUUAAUUCUCGAUGGGAACGUCUCAGGGUAGCAAGUAUGGAAAAACAAAGCAAUUUACAUAAAAUCCUAAUGGAUCUGCAGAAUCAGCAGCUAGCCCAGUUAGCUGACUGGCUGACAAAAACAGAGGAAAGGACAAAGAAAAUCGAUUUGGAGCCCUUAGGUCCAGAUCUCGAGGACCUAAAGCGUCAAGUAGAAGAGCACAAGGCAUUUCAAGAAGAUUUGGAACAGGAACAAGUCAAGGUGAAUUCUCUAACCCAUAUGGUAGUGGUGGUGGAUGAAAACAGUGGAGACAGAGCUACUGCUGCGUUGGAAGAGCAGCUUCAGCACUUUGGAAGACGGUGGGCAGUCAUCUGCAGAUGGACAGAAGACCGAUGGGUCCUUCUGCAAGAUAUUCUUCGUAAAUGGCAGCACUUUGCAGAAGAGCAGUGCCUUUUUGAUGCAUGGCUGACUGAGAAAGAGGAUGCUGUGAGCCAAAUUCAUACAACUGGCUUUAAAGAUCAAAAUGAAAUGCUGACCAAUCUACGUAAAUUAGCUAUCCUAAAAGGAGAUCUAGAAAUGAAAAGACAAAUGAUGGGUAAACUGAAGUCGCUCAGCCAAGAUCUCCUUGUAGCUGUGAAAAAUAAAGCGGUGGCUCAAAAGCUGGAAAGUCGUCUUGAAACUUUUGCUCAGCGCUGGGAAAGCCUUGUGCAGAAGGUGGAGAGUAAUUCUAAACAGAUUUCGCAGGCUGUCACUACCACUCAGACAUCCCUAACGCAGACAACUGUAAUGGAAACUGUAACUAUGGUGACCACAAGAGAACAAAUCCUGGUUAAGCAUGCUAAAGAGGAACUCCCACCACCACCACCCCACAAAAAGAGGCAACUCCUUGUGGAUUCAGAAAUUAGGAAGAGGUUUGACUCGGAUACAACAGAGCUCCAUAGCUGGAUGACCCGUUCAGAAGCAGUGCUUCAGAGUCCCGAGUUUGCGAUAUAUCGAAAGGAAGGCAAUCUCUCAGAUCUCAGAGAAAGAGUCAAUGCCAUCCAGCGAGAAAAGCCUGAGAAGUACAGAAAACUGCAAGAUGCCAGCAGAUCAGCUGAGGCCCUGGUGGAACAGAUGGUGAAUGAGGGUCUGAAUGCUGACAACAUUAGACAAGCCUCAGAGCAGCUGAAGAGUCGCUGGAUUGAGUUCUGUCAGUUGCUGAGUGAAAGACUGGCAUGGCUGGAGUACCAAAAUAACAUCAUUGACUUCUACUCCCAGCUGCAGCAACUGGAGCAGACAGCAAUUAUUGCAGAAAACUGGCUGAAAGCACAACCCACACCAGCAACAGAUCCUGCUACAGUAAAAACUCAGUUGGAAAAAUGCAAGGAUGAAAUCAUCCGAAUGUCAACCCUUCAGCCUCAAAUUGAACGGCUAAAGGCUCAAAGUCAAGCGCUCAAAGAGAAAGAACAAGGGCCACUGUUCCUGGACGCUGACCUUGCUGCUUUUACCAGCCAUUUCAAACAAAUACUUGCUGACAUGCAGACCAGAGAAAAGCAGCUACAGACCAUUUUUGACAGUUUGCCUCCUGCACACUACAAAGAGACAAUGAGCACUGUACUCGUGUGGAUCCAGCAGUCAGAAGCUAAACUCUCCAUGCCUCAGGUUGCGGUUGCUGAGUAUGAAAUCAUGGAGCAGAGACUCAGGGAGCUCAAGGCUUUACAAAGUUCUCUGCAAGAGCAGCAAAAAGGCCUGAACUAUCUCAGCACGACUGUGGAAGACAUGUCCAGGAAAGCCCCUGCAGAAGUCAGCCAAAGAUAUCGAUCGGAGAUUGAGGUGAUCCUUGGCCGCUGGAAGAAAUUAUCAGCACAGCUGGUGGAACAUUGCCAGAAACUUGAGGAGCUUAUGACCAAACUCCAGCGAUUCCAGAAUGACACUAAAACACUGAAGAAGUGGAUGGCUGAAGUGGAUGUUUUUCUGAAGGAAGAGUGGCCUGCCCUUGGGGAUUCAGAAGCACUGGAAAAGCAACUUGAGCAGUGUACAGCUUUAGUAAAUGAUAUCCAGACAAUCCAGCCCAGUUUGAACAGUGUUAACGAGGUUGGGAAGAAAAUGAAGAGUGAAGCUGAGCCAGAAUUUGCUUCCAGAAUAGACGCAGAACUGAAGGAGCUCAAUGUUCAAUGGGAACACAUUUGCCAACAGGCCUAUGCAAAGAAGGCAGCAUUGAAAGGUGGUUUGGAUAAGACUGUGAGUCUCAGAAAAGAUUUGUCAGAGAUGCAUGAAUGGAUAACACAAGCUGAGGAAGAAUAUCUGGAAAGAGAUUUUGAGUAUAAAACACCUGAUGAAUUACAGAAAGCUGUUGAGGAACUGAAGAGAGCAAAGGAGGAAGCCAUGCAGAAGGAAGUGAAAGUGAAGCUUAUUACUGAUUCUGUGAAUAAUUUUAUAGCAAAGGCUCCACCUGCAGCUCAUGAGGCUUUGAAAAAGGAACUUGAUGUUCUAAUUACCAACUACCAGCGACUCUGCAGUAGACUGAAUGGAAAGUGCAAAACUUUGGAGGAGGUAUGGGCAUGUUGGCGUGAAUUAUUGUCAUAUUUGGAAGCAGAAAAUAAAUGGUUAAAUGAGAUUGAACUGAAACUCAAGGCAACGGAAAAUAUCCAGGGAGGUGCAGAAGAGAUUUCUGAGUCUCUCGAUUCUUUGGAACGUUUAAUGAGACAUCCAGAAGAUAAUCGCAAUCAGAUUCGGGAACUGGCUCAGACUUUAACUGAUGGUGGAAUCUUGGAUGAAUUGAUCAAUGAGAAACUUGAGAAAUUCAAUACUCGAUUGACCUGUCCUCCCAUUAAACAGCUGACAAUGGGUGGCAAAAAGAUACGCAACUUAUCAUACAAAAAGGCCGUGAGAAGACAAAAGAGUCUUGAACAGAGUAUUCAGUCUGCCCAGGAGACUGACAAAACCCUCCGCUUAAUCCAAGAGUCUCUCGCUGUUAUUGACAAACAGCUAACAGCCUACAUUGCAGACAGAGUUGAUGCAGCACAGGUCCCUCAGGAAGCACAGAAAAUACAAUCUGAAUUAACAAGCCAUGAAAUUAGUUUAGAAGAAAUGAAGAAGCGAAACCGGGGUAAAGAUGCUGCCAAAAGAGUGCUUUCCCAAAUUGAUGUGGCACAGAAAAAGCUGCAGGAUGUCUCCAUGAAGUUUCGCUUAUUUCAGAAGCCAGCGAACUUUGAACAGCGCCUACAAGAAUGUAAAAGAAUUUUAGAUGAAGUGAAAUUGCAAGUGCCCAAGUUGGAGAUGAAGAGUGUGGAGCAGGAAGUAGUACAAUCACAGUUGGAUCAUUGCAUGAAAUUAUAUAAAAGCCUGAGUGAGGUGAAGUCUGAAGUGGAAACAGUAAUAAAAACUGGAAGGCAGAUUGUUCAAAAGCAGCAGACAGAGAACCCAAAAGAACUGGAUGAAAGGCUUACGGCUUUGAAGUUGCAAUAUAAUGAAUUGGGUGCAAAGGUGACAGAAAAAAAGCAAGAGUUAGAGAAAUGCUUGAAAUUGUCCCGGAAGCUACGAAAAGAAAUUAAUGCUAUGACAGAAUGGCUUGCAGCGACGGAUGCAGAAUUGACAAAGAGAUCAGCUGUGCAGGGGAUACCUAGCAAUUUGGAUGCUGAAGUUGCCUGGGGCAAGGCAACACGGAAGGAAAUUGAGAAACGCCAGGUUCAUCUUAAGAGCAUCAGUGAUUUAGGAGAGAAUUUGAAGACAGUGCUGAAAGGAAAAGAAAGUCUAGUGGAGGAUAAACUCAGCCUCCUGAACAGUAAUUGGAUAGCAGUAACUUCACGCGCUGAGGAAUGGUUCAAUCUGUUACUGGAAUAUCAAAAGCACAUGGACGCUUUUGAUCAGAAUGUAGCUAAUGUCACAACUUGGAUGUAUCGUGCUGAAAUACUGUUGGAUGAAUCUGAUAAACAAAAACCCCAGCAAAAAGAGGAAAUUCUUAAGCGCUUAAAGGCUGAGCUGAAUGAUAUGCAUCCAAAGGUGGACUCUGUGCGUGACCAGGCAGUAGACUUGAUGACAAACCGUGGAGAUCACUGCAGGAAAGUAGUAGAGCCUAAACUGUCAGAGCUCAACCAGCGAUUUGCAGCUAUAUCGCAAAGAAUUAAGAGUGGAAAGCCCUUCAUUCCUUUGAAGGAAUUGGAGCAAUUUGACUUUGAUAUACAAAAAAUGCUUGAACCACUGGAGGUUGAAAUUCAGCAGGGAGUGAAUCUGAAAGAGGAGGACUUCAAUAAGGAUAUGAGUGAAGACGAUGAGAGCACAGUGGAAGAAUUGCUGCAAAGGGGCGACACGCUUCAAAAGAGAAUCACAGAUGAGAGAAAACGGGAGGAAAUAAAGAUAAAACAACAGAUGUUGCAGACUAAACAUAAUGCUCUCAAGGACUUGAGAUCUCAAAGAAGAAAAAAGGCUUUAGAGAUUUCUCAUCAAUGGUAUCAGUACAAGAGGCAGGCUGAUGACCUAAUGACAUGGCUGGAUGACAUUGAGAAAAAGUUAGCCAGUCUACCAGACCACAAAGAUGAGCAGAAAUUAAAGGAGAUUGAUGGAGAAUUGGAGAAGAAGAAGGAAGAUCUGAAUGCGGUGCACAGGCAGGCUGAACGCCUGUCUAAGGAUGGGGCUGCAAAAGCAGUGGAGCCAACCCUGAUACAGCUCAGCAAGCGCUGGCGAAAUUUUGAGAGCAAAUUUGCUCAGUUUCGAAGACUCAACUAUGCACAAAUUCAAACAGUUCAUGAAGAUACAACUUUUGUGGUGACUGAAACUAUGACUGUGGAAACCACUCAUGUGCCUUCUACAUACCUGGCAGAGAUCCUUCACCUUCUGCAAGCCUUGUCUGAAGUAGAGGAGCGCCUUAAUUCUCCUGUUCUGCAGGCUAAGGAUUGCGAGGAUCUCUUCAAACAAGAAGAGUGUCUCAAGAGCAUUAAAGAUAGCCUGGGGAGACUGCUGGGUCAUAUAGACAUUGUUCACAGCAAGAAGACACCGGCUUUGCAAAGUGCUACACCAAGGGAAGCGGCAAAUAUACAAGAAAAGCUGACUCAGCUUAAUUUUCAAUGGGAGAAAGUGAAUAAGAUGUACAGGGACCGACAGGCACGGUUUGACAAAUCUUUGGAAAAGUGGAGGCUUUUUCAUAGUGACAUGAAGAGCUUUAAUCAUUGGCUAACUGAAACUGAAGAGAAGCUGUCAAGAGCACAGGUAGAGGCUGGAGACGUGGGUCGUGCGAAAACCAACCAAUUUCUCCAGGAGCUUCAGGAUGGCAUCGGGCGACAGCAAACUGUUGUCAAAACAUUGAACGUAACUGGUGAAGAGAUUAUUGAGCAGUCGUCAACAGCAGAUGCUAAGGUGCUGAAGGAACAACUGGAAAGUUUGAAUACUCGGUGGCAGGAGAUCUGCAGACAGCUGGUAGAGAAAAAAAAGAGGAUAGAGGAAGAAAAGAAUAUUUUAUCAGAAUUUGAAGAGGACUUGAACAAGUUGAUUUUAUGGUUAGAGGAAGCAGAGAGCAUUAUUGCUAUUCCCCUUGAACCAGGGAAUGAAGACCAGUUAAGAGACUGCCUUAGCAAAGUAAAGGUAUCAAUUGAAGAGCUACCGCCACACAAGGGAAUACUGAAACGAUUAAAUGAAACCGGAGGAAUAGCACUUGGAAGUGCAUCGCUGAACCCAGACAAAAAGCAUAAGCUUGAGAGCACACUGAAGGAGGCUAACCAUCGCUUGUUAAAGGUUUCCAAAGAUCUUCCAGAGAAACAAAAAGAAAUAGAGAUUCUGCUAAAGGAUUUCAUCGAACAUGAUCAACAAUUAAAUCAGGUGAUAUUGUGGGUAACACCUGUCAAGAAACAGCUGGAGCUUUAUAACAAAGAGGGUCAGCCAGGAGCUUUUGAUAUUAAGGAAACUGAAGCAGCAGUGCAGGCUAAACAGCCGAAUGUGGAAGAGGUUUUGUCUAAAGGGUGUCAUUUAUAUAAGGAAAAACCAGCCACUCAUCCAGUAAAGAAAAAAUUAGAAGACUUGAGUGCUGACUGGAAGGCAAUAAAUCACUUAAUUCAGCAAUUAAAGGAAAAGCCAGCAUUGGGAGCAUUUGGCCUUUUCUCUUCAGGUGUCUUAACUUCUGGUGAAACUGUUGCUGUGGAUACACAAACCAGGGUAACCAAGGAAACCACCACCUUCAAACCAGAAAUGCCAUCUUCUGUGCUUUUGGAGGUUCCAGCCUUGGCUGACUUCAAUAAGGCAUGGGCAGAACUCACUGACUGGCUUUCUCGACUGGAUCGAGACAUAAAAUCUCAGAGAGUGAUAGUAGGUGACCUUGAUGAUAUCAACGACAUGAUCAUCAAACAAAAGGCAAUACUACAGGACCUGGAGCAAAGACGUCCCCAACUGGAUGAACUAAUAACUGCAGCACAAAAUCUAAAAAACAAGACGAGUAAUCAAGAGGCCAGAACAAUAAUUACUGACCGCAUUGAAAAGAUACAGAGCCAGUGGGAUGAAGUGCAUGGACACCUCCAAAGCCGGAGACAGCAGCUUCAUGAGAUGUUAAAGGAUUCAACACAGUGGCUAGAAGCUAAACAAGAAGCUGAACAAGUUCUUGAACAAGCAAAAGCUAAGCUUGAGUCGUGGAAAGAAAUUUCUUACACCGUGGAUGCCCUGAAAAAGCAAAACACUGAGCUUAAGCAAUUUUCAAAAGAAAUACGACAAUGGCAAAUAAAUGUAGAGGUGACAAAUGACAUGGCACUUAAGCUGCUCCGCGAUUAUUCAGCAGAUGACACCAGAAAAGUAGAACUAAUGACAGAUAACAUCAAUGCGUCAUGGGCUGCCAUUAAUAAGAGGGUUUGUGACCGUGAAGCUGCACUGGAAUCAGCCCUAAGAAUGUUGCAGCAAUUCUACCUGGAUCUCGAAAAGUUCCUCGCUUGGCUUACAGAAGCUGAAACAACUGCAAAUGUCCUGCAGGAUGCUACACACAAGGAAAAGAUACUAGAGGAUGCCAAAGCAGUUCGAGAGCUCAUGAAACAGUGGCAGGAACUACAGGCGGAAAUUGAUGCUCACACUGACAUCUUCCACAACCUGGAUGAAAACGGGCAGAAAAUCCUGAGAUCCCUGGAAGGCUCUGAGGAUGCAGCCCUAUUGCAGAGACGUCUGGACAACAUGAACUUCAGAUGGAGUGAGCUUAGGAAGAAAUCUCUAAACAUUAGAUCCCAUUUGGAGGCCAGUACAGACCAGUGGAAGCGUCUACAUCUCUCUCUUCAGGAACUUUUGGCAUGGCUGCAAUUGAAGGAGGAUGAAUUAAAGCAGCAAGCACCAAUUGGUGGAGAUCUUCCCUCUGUGCAGAAACAGAAUGAUAUUCAUAGGACUUUCAAGAGGGAGCUGAAAACAAAAGAACCUGUUGUCAGGAGUGCACUAGAGACUGUGCGAAUCUUCUUAGCAGAGCAGCCUGUGGAGGGACUGGAGAAGCUCUACCCAGAACCAAGAGAACUGUCACCUGAGGAAAGGGCCCAAAACGUCAGUAAACUUCUCCAAAGGCAAGCAGAUGAGGUCAGAACUGAGUGGGAUAAGCUGAAUCUACAGUCUGCUGAUUGGCAAAAGAAGAUAGAUGAUGCUCUUGAAAGACUGCAGGGUCUUCAAGACGCAGUGGAUGAACUGGACCUGAAACUGCGCCAGGCUGAAGUGUUCAAGGGAUCCUGGCAGCCAGUGGGGGAUCUGCUGAUUGACUCUCUGCAGGAUCACUUAGAAAAAGUCAAGGUUUAUCGAGCAGAAAUUGUACCCCUUAAAGAAAAGGUGCAUCAAGUCAAUGAGCUCGCUCACCGGUUCACUCCCUCUGAUAUUCAACUCUCCCAGUACAGUCUCAGCUGUGUGGAAGACCUGAACACAAGGUGGAAGGUGCUACAGGUGGCCAUUGAGGAACGCAUUAGGCAACUGCACGAAGCUCACAGGGAUUUUGGCCCUACUUCCCAGCAUUUUCUUACCACUUCUGUCCAAGGCCCCUGGGAGAGGGCAAUCUCACCAAACAAAGUGCCGUAUUAUAUCAACCAUGAGACGCAAACGACCUGCUGGGAUCAUCCCAAGAUGACUGAGCUUUACCAGUCUUUAGCUGACCUGAACAACGUCAGGUUCUCGGCAUACAGGACUGCCAUGAAACUCCGCAGGCUGCAGAAAGCCCUCUGCCUGGAUCUCCUGAGUCUGUCUGCUGCAUGUGAUGCCUUGGACCAGCACAACCUCAAACAAAAUGACCAGCCGAUGGAUAUUCUGCAGAUCAUUAACUGCUUGACCACCAUUUACGAUCGACUGGAACAAGAGCACAAUAACCUGGUCAACGUUCCUCUUUGCGUGGACAUGUGCCUCAACUGGCUGCUGAAUGUCUACGACACGGGUCGAACAGGAAGGAUCCGUGUCUUGUCUUUCAAAACCGGUGUUGUAUCCCUUUGUAAAGCACACCUGGAAGAUAAAUAUAGAUACCUGUUCAAGCAAGUGGCAAGUUCCACCGGCUUCUGUGACCAGCGCCGGCUGGGGCUCCUGCUGCACGACUCCAUCCAGAUCCCUCGGCAGCUGGGGGAAGUGGCCUCCUUCGGGGGCAGCAAUAUCGAGCCGAGCGUCAGAAGCUGCUUCCAGUUUGGCAACAACAAACCGGAGAUCGAAGCGGCCCUCUUCCUGGACUGGAUGAGGCUGGAACCACAGUCCAUGGUGUGGCUGCCCGUCUUGCACAGGGUGGCUGCUGCUGAGACCGCCAAACACCAAGCGAAGUGUAACAUCUGCAAGGAGUGUCCAAUUAUUGGAUUCAGGUACAGAAGUUUAAAGCACUUUAACUAUGACAUCUGCCAAAGUUGCUUCUUCUCUGGCCGUGUUGCAAAAGGUCAUAAAAUGCACUAUCCCAUGGUGGAAUACUGCACACCAACAACUUCAGGAGAAGACGUCCGUGACUUUGCCAAGGUACUAAAAAACAAAUUUCGAACAAAAAGAUAUUUUGCAAAGCACCCACGAAUGGGCUACCUGCCUGUGCAAACAGUCUUGGAGGGAGACAACAUGGAAACUCCUGUUACUCUGAUCAACUUCUGGCCAGUAGAUUCUGCGCCUGCCUCGUCCCCUCAGCUUUCACAUGAUGAUACUCAUUCACGCAUUGAACAUUAUGCUAGCAGGCUAGCAGAAAUGGAGAACACCAAUGGUUCUUAUCUAAAUGACAGUAUUUCACCUAAUGAGAGCAUCGACGAUGAACACUUGUUAAUCCAGCACUACUGCCAAAGUCUGAACCAGGAGUCCCCCCUGAGCCAGCCCCGAAGCCCUGCCCAGAUCUUGAUUUCUCUGGAGAGUGAGGAAAGAGGGGAACUGGAGAGAAUCCUCGCGGACCUGGAGGAGGAGAACAGAAACUUGCAAGCAGAGUAUGACCGCUUGAAGCAACAGCAUGACCACAAAGGACUGUCUCCACUGCCGUCCCCACCGGAGAUGAUGCCAGUUUCUCCGCAAAGCCCCCGGGAUGCUGAGCUCAUUGCAGAAGCCAAGCUGCUUCGCCAGCACAAGGGCCGCCUGGAGGCCAGGAUGCAGAUUCUGGAGGAUCACAACAAACAGCUGGAGUCACAGCUGCACAGACUGAGGCAGCUGCUGGAGCAGCCCCAGGCAGAUGCCAAGGUGAAUGGUACAACACUAUCAUCUCCUUCUACCUCUUUGCAGAGGUCAGACAGCAGUCAGCCAAUGCUUCUUCGUGUAGUUGGCAGCCAGACUUCAGAAACCAUGGGCGAGGAUGAGCUGCUCAGCCCUCCCCAGGACACAAGCACAGGUUUGGAGGAAGUGAUGGAACAGCUGAACAACUCCUUCCCCAGCUCCAGAGGAAGAAAUGCCCCUGGAAAGCCAGUGAGAGAGGCCACAAUGUAGGGAGCCUUUUCCACAUGGCAGACGACUUGGGAAGAGCGAUGGAAACCUUAGUGACAGUGAUGACCGACGACAAGGUGUUAGACUAGCAAGAUGUGUUUUACAACUUCAGGCGUCCCGCAUGGUUUUUAUAAUAUUCAUACUACAAAGAGGAUUAGACUGUAAGAGUUUACAAGAAAAAAAAAAAAUCUAUAUUUUUGUGAAGGGUAGUGGUACUAUACUGUAGAUUUCAGUAGUUUCCUAAGUCUGUUACUGUUUUGUUAACAAUGGCAGGUUUUACACGUCUAUGCAAUUGUACAAAAAUUAUAAGAAAACUACAUGUAAAAUCUUGAUAGCUAAAUAACUUGCCAUUUCUUUAUAUGGAACGCAUUUCGGGUUGUUUAAAAAAAAUUUAUAACAGUUAUAAUGAAAGAUUGUAAACUAAAGUGUGCUUUAUAAAAAUAAUUGUUUAUAGAAACCCCCUUAAAAAAACACAAAAAAAAAAUACUGAGGCAGUGCAUUUGUUUAGUAUCAUUUCAGCUCUGUAACUGCAUCAGAGAGAUUCAUGUCCUGUGUUCUUUUCCUUGCCUAUCAAAAAGGAAAAAAAAAAAAGUAUUUCCUGCAGCGACACCAAAACGGCCAUGUUUCUCAUUGGUUUUGUCUGACUAGGGCUGGCUUAAAAAAAAAUAAAAAAUCUCCUGAACUUCCAAUGAAGGUAGUUAUAUCACCUCUUUCCAAUAAAAUUAAGAAUUACAUGAAUCACGCAGCUAGUUCGCAAUAAUUAAAUGAAAGAGCACAGUACAUGACAGAGCCUGCAAAAAAUUAAUGAAAAAAAAGAACAACCCACCCCAGAAGAAAGAAGGAAA